GACUCGCAGUUUCUGUUGCGGCGCUUUGCGGAAGGGAAAAGCGCGCGCGGGGCUUGGCCGGCCUCCUUCCUUCUUUCCUUGGCUGGCUGGCUGGCUGACUGAGGGGCGGGAAGAUGGCGCUGGAGGCCCGCGGGAUGGAGCAGGACGUGGAGGACGGGGAGAUUUCCGGCUCGGACUGCGAGAUGCCGGUCUCGGCCGCCGCCCGGAGCCCCCAGCAGAAACAACAUGAUAGCAACAGUUCGGCCAGAUCUUUCCCAAGUACCAUUUUACCCUGUGCACCAAAUGUCCCUUAUCGGACAACCCAAAGUGUGGACUCAAGUGAUGAGAGCUUCUCCGAUUCAGAUGAAGACAGCUGUCUUUGGAAACGAAAGCGACAGAAGUGUUCUAACCUUCCUCCCCUUAAACCAGAUCCUUUCCUGUUUGGGUCAAACCCACAAAAACAGGGGAAUAUUGGUGGUAAAAAGAUUAAUAAUAUCUGGGGUGAAGUGCUUCAGGAACAGAAUCAAGAUGCAGUGGCCUCCGAACUUGGGAUUCUAGGGAUGGAGGGGACCAUUGACAGAAGCCGGGCUUCAGAGGCUUACAACUAUCUGUUGGCAAAAAAGCUCAUGAGAGAAUCUGAGCCAGAAGUGGCCAAGACAUUAGAAAAAGACUUGGAUGAAUAUAUGCAAGAUGACAAAAAGACAUUAUUAAAAGAAGAUGAGGAGGAGGAAGAGACAAAUGGACAAGGUCUCUUGAAACGAAAAAGGCCAGUUAAGGAAAGACUAGGUGAAAGACAAGAAAUGAAUUAUAAAGGGAGAUAUGAAAUUGCUGAAGAUGAUCCUGAGGAAAAAGUGGCAGAUGAAAUUGCCUACCGACUUUGUGAACCUAAGAAGGAUUUGAUUGUGCGGGUAGUGAAAAUCAUUGGGAAAAAGAAAUCUAUAGAACUACUGAUGGAAACUGCUGAAGUAGAACAAAAUGGAGGACUUUUCAUUGUGAAUGGUACUAGGAGGAGAACACCAGGAGGAGUUUAUUUAAACUUACUGAAAAACACACCCAGCAUAACAGGAGAUCAAAUUAAGGAAAUCUUCUAUGUUGAAAACCAAAAGGAGUAUGAGAACAAAAAAGCUGCAAAGAAGAGGCGGAUUCAAGUCCUGGGGAAAAAGAUGAAGAAAGCUAUUAAGGGGCUCAACCUUCAAGAAUAUGACGAUGCUUCUCGAGAGACUUUUGCUAGUGAUACCAACGAAGCCCUGGCUUCUCUAGAUGACUUGCAAGAAGGACACAGUGAGAUGAAAUUGGAUCCAGAGGAUGCUAUUGAGAUAGAUAACACCCAUGAUUUAGAUAUCUUUUAAUGUACUGGGUAUUUGAAAGACUUUAAUUUUGUGACAUAUUAAAUUGCAGUUUUUAUAUUUUGGCUUUUCUUUCUUUCUCUUUAUUGGAGUAAUACUCAUUAUGUCAAUCAGUUAUUUGCUGAAGAGGGCCUUGUAUUUCUCACAACACUAAUACUUGAGUGUUCGUGGGUUUGUUUGUUUUUUUACAUCUCCUUCUUUUAUAUAAUUUCUGUCCUUUCUCAAUGACCUAUUGGCCUUUGUUCACUCACCUCAGGGUUUUUUUAAAUUAAAGAACAAAUCUGAAUGCUCUCAUUCCUGAGUAAUCCUUGUGUAUGAGGCCUAGCAUAACUGUAUGGCGACAUUUCUAUUUAACCAAAGAUAAUGAGCAAAGUGACACAUUCAAAAUGUGCUCUGGCAAGGAAAUAUUUGAUAGGACUGUGGCCUCAGGUAAUAGUAAAUUUGGGAACAUUUAGGAACACUUGACAGUGGUGAAAACUGGUUUUGCAUCUGAUUGUAAAUUGAUAUGUAUCUUUAGAUGGAGCUUUAAGAAUACAAGGGAAUAUAGGGUAGUUUUUUGUUAUUAUGUUGCCUGUCACUGUUAAGAAUGAAUAUUUUCUCGCAGUGGUUCCCAGCCUUUUGGCCUCUAGGUGUUUUGGACUUCAACUCCCAGAAAUCCCAGCCAUCUUACCAGCUGUUCGGAAUUGUGAGAGCUGAAGUCCAAAAGACCUGGCAGCUCAAAAGUUGGGAACUACUGCAGGAUUUUAAGGAGUGUUGAGAUUUUUUUCCUAUUCCAGUGGCAAUGAAAGGCACUUGGCUUUUCGCUGCAAAGCAGCAAAUUCACAGAUUCUGUUCUUGACUUCCAAUAAUCUUCACAUAAUUUAAAAUGCACUUUUCAUAAACAUUUGCAGUGAGUAGGACAACUAAUUCUCUUAUACUGUUCUUUCAAAUAUAUCCUGUUUAUGCCCAGUUUUUGUGCUACUGCUGUAGAUGGCAUCAAGUUAUCUCCUUAAAUACUACUGAAAUAAGUCGCAGUAAAGUGCAAUGAAUUGGUUUCGGACCUAGGCUUACUCAGAGUAAACUAUAUGAAGUCUAAAGAACCCUUUGAAUGUGGGCAAUCGCUUCUGUGUGGUCCAGCAUUUUCUCUCCAAAUAUUGGAUUAAAUAUUCUGUUCAAAACAUGAAGAGAGUGGCUGAUCUUUCAUUUGACGAAAUAUUACUUUAUUGAUGUGUAUUGUGGACAGGCUACAGUUUUCUUAUAAGAAAUCAAAUUAUUUAAAAGAUUAGUGUUGAAGUUAGUUCAACAGUCAUCUUUGUAAAAAUAUUAUCAUAAGAGACCACAGACCUCGGUAAUAAACACAUACUAAUGAAUGUAGUGGGUCUCUUGUUGUAUAUACAUAGGGAUGGUUAUCUAGGAAAUUGGUCUAAUACUUAAUUUGCUGUAAUUUCGAAGGCUUUCAUGACCGGAAUCACUGGGUUGUUGUAGGUUUUUCGGGCUGUAUGGCCAUGUUCUAGAAUAGGCAUCCUCAAACUGCGGCCCUCCAACUGUUUGAGCCUCCAACUCCCAGAAUUCCUGGCCAUUGAACAAGUUGGCAAGGGCUUCUGGGAGUUGGAGGGCAAAACAGCUGGAGGGCCGGUUUGAGAAUGCCUAUUCUAGAACAUAGCCAUACAGCCCAAAAAACCUACAUACAACAACCCACUUAAUUUGCUCUUUUUAGCUCCCCCCCCCCUUUUUUUUCUUUCUUUAUUUUUGCUGUGGCUUUCAAUAACCCAAAUUCUAAACAAGCCAUAUACUGUAUAUGACAAACAGGCUGUGGAUAUUUUCAUUUUCCCCAAUUUUUCUCUUCCUUACCCCCCAUCCCCCCUUUUAUUAUCCUAAACUGCAAUCUUCAGCUGGUGAAUGGUUUUAUUGUUCUUCAGCAGCAAUUCUAAUCAAUAGCUCUAAUUGUGGAAUCAGUCUAUAAAGUGCAUCCACAAUUUUUUCGUGUCCCCAUAAUGUCAAAUGCUCUUAAAAGAAGGAAUGAAGAGUUAAAUAUCUUGCAGUACACUUGCCUGGAGCAUAAUAAUAUAUGUGCAAGUAUAAUUGCACGCAUUGGGUUUAAUUUUCAGUUGUAGAGUACAAAAAUAAAUAAAAAUCAUUUGUUGACAAA